CAGUCCUCAUUGGUGAGUUAGAGAUGAAUGAAGCUUUUUAACAAGUUUUUGUCUUGCGACCAAGUAUAAUCUGUAUUGGAAUUGCUACGCUGUGAAUUCUAAGCUCAAGGCAAAAGUAGGGUAAAGGUAGAUGCAAAGUAGAAGCCAAAACUAUAGCAAAGAGACAAAACCUGGAGAAGUUGCAGAUGGUUUAAUUUUUAUUUUUUUAUUUUUAAGAAAGAAUACUUGUAUAUUUGGGUCUGUGCAAUAAAUUGUAGGUUUUGUUAAUUUUCUAGAAGAAGAGAAACCUGUUAUUUCAGACAUUCAGACUACCAAACAGGAGGAAAAGCAGCCCAAAACAUAUCUUCCCUGGUUUAUGAAAACAGGAAUUACACUGCUAGAUGAUGGAAGAAAAAAACUUUCCAAAACAUGGGGAUAAGGAUUCAACACAGCUAUACCCUUCAUUUUGAAUUAAAAAGAAAAAUUGUCAGAAGAUCACUAUGCUCCAACUUGCAAGCCUCUGCAUGUUAUGGUGUGAAAAUAAUUUGGAUCUGCUGGUGAGCCCUACAUAAACUGAAUGUCUUUUUAAUUGAAAAAUCUUUUCAAAACAACAAGUUUAAGAAAAAUAUUUUAGGUGAUUGGGUGGGGAUAGGAAAUGAGGCAGUGAGACACCAUUCAGGGUAAUCCAGGCACAGGUGAAGGAAAACGUGGAGUGGAAGUUGGAGUAUCUGAGGAAUCAGAGAAGAAACCCAAGGACAAGAAAGCCACCAGACAGUAAAAGAAUAUGGCAAUGAUGAAGGAGAUUCUCCGAUCCAGAAAUCUCUUGCUUGUUGUUCUCAUUCCACUUCUGCUGCUUCCUCUGCCACUCUUACACCCCAGUAGCGAAGCUUCAUGUGCCUAUGUGCUGAUCGUGACAGCUGUAUACUGGGUUUCUGAAGCGGUACCUCUUGGUGCAGCAGCCUUAGUUCCUGCUUUCCUAUACCCACUUUUUGGAGUCAUGAAGUCCAGUGAGGUGGCUGCUGAAUAUUUCAAAAACACAACUUUGCUCCUCAUGGGCGUGAUUUGUGUGGCAGCUUCUGUAGAAAAGUGGAAUCUUCACAAGAGAGUUGCCCUGCGCAUGGUCAUGAUGGCUGGAGCAAAGCCAGGCAUGUUGCUUCUUUGCUUCAUGUGUUGCACCACAGUGCUCUCCAUGUGGCUUUCCAACACAUCCACCACAGCCAUGGUGAUGCCAAUUGUGGAGGCAGUUCUCCAGGAGCUAGUGAAUGCUGAGGAGGAGCACGAGGUCAUCAGUACUGCAGGCAGCACCAUUACUGAAGAAAACAAGCCAAUAGAUCUCAGCGAAAAGCACGGCCGACCUUCACUGGAGCUUAUCUUCAUCAAUGAAGAUGCUACCACUACUGACUUCAACUCCUUGAUGCACUCAAAGAAUAUGAAUGGUGUGCACAUGGUAAACAACCCUAUUGGAACGAUGAAUUCUAAGAACAAUGGGCAGCACCUACCUCAGGCUCAGAUACUGGUCCUGCCUCCGAAGCCCUCAGAACUGGGCCUGACCACCAAGUACCGGUACCAGACCAGACAUGACCACAUGGUCUGUAAAUGCCUCUCACUGAGUAUCUCGUACGCAGCAACCAUUGGAGGACUGACAACCAUCAUAGGGACCUCAACUAGUCUCAUAUUCUUAGAGCACUUCAACAAUCGCUACCCAAAGGCUGAAGUGGUGAAUUUUGGAACCUGGUUUUUGUUCAGUUUCCCCGUCUCCCUCAUCAUGUUGGUCCUGACUUGGUUCUGGAUGCAUUGGCUGUUCUUGGGUUGCAAUUUUAAAGAGACCUGUUCUGUGAGCAAGAAGAAGAAAACCAAACGGGAAGAAAUGUCAGAGAGAAGAAUUCAAGAAGAAUAUAAGAAACUGGGAAAUGUUAGCUAUCCUGAGAUGGUGACUGGAUUUUUCUUCAUUCUGAUGACCUUGCUUUGGUUUACCCGUGAGCCUGGCUUUGUACCAGGAUGGUCAUCUUUUUUUGAGAAGAAAGGUUACAGAACUGAUGCCACUGUCUCUGUAUUUCUUGGUUUUCUCCUUUUCCUGAUUCCAGCAAAAAAGCCUUGUUUUGGAAAACAGGAAAAAGGAGAUGGUGAAAAGUCAACAGACAUUAACACACUGGAUCCUAUUAUCACCUGGAAGGACUUCCAGAAGACCAUGCCCUGGGAGAUUGUAGUGUUGGUUGGAGGAGGUUAUGCCUUAGCAGCUGGAUGCAAGACCUCUGGCCUCUCUACAUGGAUUGGAAGCCAAAUGCUUUCCCUCAGCAGCCUUCCGUACUGGGCUGUAACUCUGCUGGCCUGCAUUUUGGUGUCACUAGUAACAGAGUUUGUCAGCAAUCCAGCAACUAUAACCAUCUUUCUACCUAUUUUAUGCACCAUGUCAGAAACCCUACUUAUCAACCCUUUGUACACCCUGAUUCCUGUCACCAUGUGUAUCUCAUUUGCGAUGAUGCUACCAGUGGGUAAUCCUCCAAAUGCCAUUGUCUUCAGUUAUGGGCACUGUCAGAUUAAGGAUAUGGUGAAAGCUGGCCUGGGUGUAAAUCUGAUUGGCCUAGCUGUGGUCAUGGUGGCAAUCAACACUUGGGGAAUUAGACUCUUCCAGCUGAAUACUUUUCCAGAAUGGGCAGUGGUCAGCAACAUCACUAACCAAACAUAAUCUCCAAAGGAAAAAAAAAAAAAAUAAAAAAUUGCAAGACCAAAGUGAGUUGGGACAAACUAUUAAACCUACAAUGCACAUAUGAAGAAAAGAGAACUUCUGGAUACACAAAACUAGGAUCCAUAGGAAAACCAUGAAGAAAAUCCACAGGGAGAUCUUCUGCAUAAGCUUUUCAGGUCUGAAAAUCCGUAUGAGUUAAAAGGAAAGAUUAGCUUUGCUCUGUUAUUGCUUUCCUUAUGAUACAUAACUGAAAAAAAAGUCUCCUCCAAGUUGUCUGCCUAUGGCUUUUUCAUGCCUGAGAGCAAUUAUGUAGGACUUGUAAAACAGGGGAUAGAGGACUCCAGUGACAGAAGACACUGUACUCAGUAGUAGGGUAUAAUCCUACCAUUAAUUCCUUUAAUUCUUUAUUAAUCCUACCAUUAAUAAAGAGAAUGGAGAGUCUUAUUCCCAAACCAAAGUUCUAUAAGUCUACUUCUUUUAAAGGCUAAUUAUUAUUCUUCUUUUGAGGUGACUCAUCGCCACAUUGGAAAAUAUCCAACACUUUCUCACCUCACCCAUAUGGUCUGGACAGAAACACAGCUACCAACUCUCAGCUACAGCACUUCAAAGGGAUAAUAGAAGACACUAAUCAGAUAGGAAGUCGUCUCCUCGGAAGGAGAAUCUUUUUUUCCCACAGCACUAUUAUAGUUUCCAAUAUUGCAGUACUUGCAAUCUAUGAUUUGGAACGAAGAGCUUCAGAAACAGAAAGUUUUGUUCAAUACCUACUUUCUUUGCCAUUGUACUGCAGCUUGAACAGGGGAAGCUGUGACCAGUAAAACCUUACCAGGCCAAUAGACCCAUUGCUCUCCUCUGUCUUUGGCUGCUGUUUAGAUAGUUAUGAUUCCUCUGACAGAGAUAGUACAAUGACAUCCAAGAUGGCACUCAGUGCUGCUCCAUGAAGGGAGAGGGCUGAAGUGGAGUGGUGCUGGUGUAUCUCCUCAUCCUGUGCAUUCACUUGAACAUCACACCCACCUGCUCUCUAGCAGCCCAGAGAACAGGCACUUCAAAUGUAGGAAACUGUGACAUAAGGCAGAUAACUACCAAAUCAAAAGGCUAAACUUUUUAUCAUCUGCAAAGUGAAUGCCCUGCUUUUCUGAUUGGAUCCUUGCAAUACUCAGUAAACCUUUUCUUGUAUUAUGUCUUGUUUUUAAUAAUUUGUUUAAUGUCAAUACAUUGAAGCUGUAUAUUAGGAUGAUUGGAUCUCAUGUAAUCACACUAUACAUAUACUUUAAUGAAUUUUUAUGCUUUCCACUUACAAUCUAGGCUCUCUAGCUCUUAGUGUGAAUGUCUAUUCUGCAAAAAUAAAAUGUCAAUAAAAUGAACUAUUCAUGACUGCA